AUGAAUUUGCCAUAUGUAUGUAGCUCCACUUACACAAACCAAAAUUUGUACACAAAGGAUGCGGGUGUUAAGAAGCACAAAAUAACUCCUUUUCCAAGAAUGAACGUUAAUGAUCAUUUGACCAUUUUCCCCUUUGCACAUUAUAAUGCAAAUCUUUUAAAUAAUGAAUCUAAAUUGAAAAUGCAUAAGAAUAAAGUGUUUGGAAUACCAAUUGAUGUUACUGAUAUGAGGAUGAAAUCAAAACAUUUUAACAGUUCAAUUGGUAGCACCAAGAACAACAAUCAAAAUAUAACGUAUCAACUGUUAAACAAAAAUGAUGUAUCAGAAAAGGGGAAAUAUAUAUUCGAAUCAACAGUUCCGAAAAGUGCGAUUAACUCGCAGGCUUUAAAUAUGAAGAUGAACAGUUCAAGCAGUGUAUAUGUAGAAAAGUGUAAUCGAGUUAUAAUUUUUGAUUUGGAUGAUACAUUAAUUCCUACGUAUUGGAUAAGAUCUUUUUUAUGUACAAAAAAUACACUUAGUUAUAAGCAGGCUCUGAGAGAAAUGAAGAAAGAAAUUCAUUUAAAUAAAAAAUGUAAUUUUGAAUCAGUGGUUUGUUCUGUAAUCCAUUUGGCCGUGUCCUUAGCACACACAGUAUUCAUUGUAACUAAUGCACGUAGUGACAAAUGGGUAGAGACAGUAAGAUGGUUAUUUCCCCAAUUUUCGAAAUUACUUCUCCAUUGUCACAUUCCAAUUAUAAGGACAGAUCAAUUCAUGGAGCCCUCUCCCUUCAACGUGCAGGAAUAUUUUCGAUUUUGGAUGAGUGCUAAGAAAAAAAAGUUUGAUGAAAUUCUUAAAGAGCACUUCAAUUUUUAUCGUAAUUACAUUUCAAACAAAAUUGACUUUAUUUCUCUGGGAGACACCGAUUUUGAAGAAGUGGCGACAUAUGAGCUACAAUUAGCUAACACUGGGUUAAUUAACAAAGCUUUUAAUGUGAAGGUACAAGGGGGACUAUCCCUGGAAGACUUCACAGGGCAAUUAAAAUUGAUCCAAGUGGCCAUGUCUAUAAUCUCCAAAGGGUCGUACGAAUACAAAUAUUUAGCUCUGUCUGGAUCCGUUCAAAUUAGAAUGUUCUCAUAG